UUGAGCUAAACAUCAGAUGUGCCAGAUCUGCAGCUGGCAGAGCCCUGGAUACAGCUGCUGAGCUGGAGCAAAACAGAGACAGCAAAGAGCCAGUCAAUUACAACAGAUGGAAACUGUCAAGAACAGCAAUGACCUCAAUAGCAUCCCUGCAGUGGAGUUCACUGAUAAAGACACGAUACCGGGCACAUCCUCCCACAGCGUUGUUACCAUGGGGCCUGAGGAAGAAGAAGCAGGAGACUUCCUGCGUUCUUUCCCCACCCGAGAGUCCCUCAGGUCCCCCCGGGGCUCUGUUGUGAGCUUCCACGACAUCCAGUACUCCAUCAAGCAAUCGAGCGGGUUCUUGUGCAGACGGAAAACAAUGGAAAAGAAGAUCCUUCACAAUACAAACGGUAUUAUGAAGCCAGGCCUCAAUGCUAUCUUGGGACCAACAGGGAGCGGUAAAUCCUCUCUCCUAGAUGUGCUGGCAGCAAGAAAGGACCCCGCUGGCCUCUCUGGGAAAGUAUUGAUAGACGGUGUCUUGCAGCCUCCGAAUUUCAAGUGCAUCUCAGGAUACGUGGUACAAGAUGAUGUUGUUAUGGGCACAAUGACAGUGAGGGAGAAUCUGCUCUUCUCUGCAGCUCUGCGACUCCCCAGCACUAUAAGCUUUAAAGAAAAGGAAGAGCGAGUUACACAGAUUAUCAGUGAGCUGGGGCUGAACAAAGUAGCUGAUGUGAAGGUAGGAACUGAACUAAUCCGAGGCGUGUCAGGUGGGGAGCGGAAGAGAACCAACAUCGGGAUGGAACUCAUUACGGAGCCACCAGUCCUUUUUCUGGAUGAACCAACCACUGGCCUGGACUCCAGCACGGCCAACGCUGUACUCAUCCUCUUAAAGAAACUUUCAAGAAGAGGUCGAACCAUCAUUUUCUCUAUCCACCAACCUCGUUACUCCAUAUUCAAGCUUUUUGACAGUCUGACACUGCUAGCAUUAGGAAAGGUGCUGUAUCACGGGCCAGCUCAGCAAGCACUGGAGUAUUUUCGUUCUGUGGGGUAUGAAUGCGAACCCUUCAACAAUCCAGCUGACUUCUUCCUUGACGUGAUUAAUGGUGACUCCACUGCUGUGGCAGCAAGCAAAAGUGACUGCAGAAUCACAGAGUAUGGUGAGACCCAAACAGGGAUAAAUGGUGAAAAUGAAGUAGCAGAAGAGAAUGUGGACAGGACUGUGGUGGACACACUGCACCAGGAGUAUCUGAACUCCAGCCUGUACUGCAACAUGAGGGAUACGCUGGAGAAAGUGGAGCUUAGCCUGGGGAAUAAGAGGAGGAAGCUGAGGCAAGUGAACCAGAUCACGUAUGCAAAUGGAUUCUUCACCCAGCUGCAUUGGGUCUCCAAGCGUUCCCUGAAGAAUCUCAUCAGGAAUCCUCAGGCAUCUGUCGCACAGAUCGCAGUGACCCUUGUACUAGCCUUGAUAGUGGGUGCCAUCUUUUUCGGAGUAAAGCUGAAUCGAAGUGGCAUUCAGAAUCGGGUUGGAUCCUUGUUUUUUGUAACCACAAACCAGUGCUUUUCCAGCGUUUCAGCAAUUGAGCUGUUUAUCAGAGACAAGAAAUUGUUUGUCCAUCAGUACACCAGUGGGUAUUAUCGUGUAUCUGCAUACUUCCUUGCCUUGAUGAUUGGAGAUCUUGUGCCCAUGAGAACUGCACCAGCCAUCGUAUUUUCCUGUAUCAGCUACUGGAUGAUUGGCUAUCAGGCAGUGGCAGGACGGUUCUUUUUCUUCAUGCUGACACUGAUGCUGGUAUCAUACACAGCCACAGCCAUGUCUCUGGCUAUCAGUGCUGGGAUGGAUGUGGUUGCCAUUGCCAAUCUGCUUAUCACAAUUUGCUUUGUCUUGAUGCUUAUCUUUUCUGGCCUUUUAGUGAACCUCCCAUCUGUGAUGGGAUGGCUGAACUGGCUCAAGUACUUCAGCAUCCCCCGAUAUGGCCUGACAGCCCUGCAAGUAAAUGAGUUUAGAGACCUGUACUUCUGCAGUGGGAAUAGCUCAAAUAUUACAACAUCCAUAGGAGAUACCCCUGCUUGUUCUCCGGAUACCUCGGAGUUUGGAGAAAUGUGUUAUGGUGAAACAUACCUGUGUAGCCAAGGAAUUGCACCCACUAACUGGGCUAUGUGGGGAAACAUUGUGGCUCUGGUCUGCAUGACUUCCAUCUUCCUCCUGAUAGCCUAUGCAAAACUCCGGUUUAUGAAGAAGUUUACCUAGCUUCACCUAUUACCUUGAUCUACCACUUACCUCAGGACUUUGACUUGCAAAGCAUGUCAGUUUAAGGGAUCUGAACCUGUAGUCACUGAUACUCGUUAAGAUUUCAAUGGGCCUAGAUGGGCAUCAGAUCAGAAGAUUCCCAGUGACUUCAGCAAGCAUCAGAUCAGGCCUUAAGUGCUAAACAAGGCCACUUUUUUUCUUGAGACUGGUCCCCAUGAUGCAACUGUAUGUGUAUAUAUUCUGUUUUAUUACUGUCUGUAGUUGAAUUGUUGGCUCUGUUGUUUUUUUUAAGGAGCAUUUAGAAUACCGUGUUCUCUUGCAUAUGUAUAACUUUGUAUACUGCAUAUUGUGUACCUCAUUAUCAGGAAUCCUGGUUUUCUCUGUUUAAAAAUCACAAAUUCUUUGAUUAAAAACAAAA